ACAGGAAUCAACAUAGCCCAAGAUAUACGAGUGUAUAUAGACAUUGUCGAGCACAUCGUACGCAACAAGAACGCCGGAAUAGGGGGAAUCUGGUUCGAGAGUCGAUAUCCAGGCUGUCGAUGCGACGUCCCCUCGCACAACUACCAAAUCGACUGGACCGACAGGACAGUCUUCUUUACCGGACCCCCGCCCCUC